CUUCUUGAAGCUUCUGAAGAUGCGAUGGAGUGUAAGAACUGUGAGAUGAGGCAAUGUCAGUACCAUUGCGCAAACUGUCUCAAAAACCAUCUACAUGAUUUCCGCCUUCAAACUCACCAUUUGCCCUCGGACAAGGAUGAGUAUAUUUCUCGUGCGUCUCGAGCAUGUAAAUCUAUCGAAUCUGGUCGUCUCCUUCGCGCAAAGAUUGCAAGUGAGAAGAGACUGCAAGAGCAAGCGCGACCGCCUCCGUACCCUACGGGAGACCCUUUCCCAGCGCAGGCGCACGCCUCCAUUGCUCGAGCACGUUCGGGCCUUGUACAAGAGCUCGCGGAGGUCUUUCACGUUGUCGCAUUCGGCGGACGGCAAGGCGCAAGGGGAGAGUGGACUAUUGGUGGACUAGUUCUUCCAGUACCGGGAGAUGUUAGACGGGAUCACAUCAACGCCGCGAUAACUUAUACCGUCCACUUUCUGGGACUUCUUACUUUCUACCUAGGCAUCAAACUCCCUUUUGAAGUUUCGUGGUCUUGCAGGAGGCUCGGUGUUGGUAUGCCUUGGAUCAGAGCAGGACGAGGGAGUGAAUCCUGGGCAAGAUGGACAGCUAAACACCCUUUGCACCUCACCUCAAAUUCUCCCUCUACAUCGUCUUCUCCAUCCUCCUCGCCGUCCCGUACUCCGCUCACCUCGUUGGCCGGCUCUGAAGCUCCAGAACAAGGGCCAGCACACAGCCAAAACCAAUCGUUCAUGACGGGCCUUGCGAUGCUUUUCUACAACGUCGCUCAUACCCAAGGUGUCGAUAUUCCGUUGUCUCAGGCAGGCGAUGCAUUGAGUAAUUUAUGGGCUGUCCAUGCAUCAUCGCAGCUAACACCCGUCAAUAUUGGGCAUUUCUCCCUCAAGGCCUCAAGUCCCUAG